AUGUCGUGUUCUGUAGUCUAUGCCUUUGGUUCCGAUGAGAAAGGCCAGUUCAGCAAUGGAACGGCUGGGGAGGGUAUCAAGACUGGAAACAAGACGACGUUCGAUAUCAUUUACGAACCCUACUUGGUGAAAGAUUUCAGUGCUGAGACGAUUACGCAGCUGUCGUCAAGUCAGAAGCAUUUGAUUGCGCUGGACAAGAAGGGGUCCGGAUACAACGGCUACUGUCAUCUCGGUCUAGGCAAUCAGGUCGAUGCGCUCCAACCCAAGCAGGUGCCUCAAUUCACUGGAGUGAACACAGGUGUACUCAUCGUGGGGGCCAGUAACUCAGUCAUCGUGGAUAAGGGCAGAAUGUACUGGAUGACCGGCGUGUGGAAGAACUCUGGAGAUGGGUCAUCAGACUCACCGUAUAGCAGCUUCCAGUACGUGCCUGACAUCAUGGGCUGCAAAAUCACUGCUGCCGCCGCUUCUGGAGGUGUGACACAUUGGGCUCUAACACCAGACGAUGAGGAUGAGGGUGAACUCGGUCCGGGACCAUCUGAACCCAAAUCAGCAACGAAACCUAUCAAACAUCAACUGUUGGCCGGUUUCGACCUGCUGUCAGUCACUCCUGGACAGAAUACGACGCUUUUCCUCAUUCGACCAUCGGACAAGAUGAGCGAGCUACCACGACAUCCUGUCGAGGUUGAAGUGAGUGACGCCUGCAUUAUAUGUCGCAAGGAGGAGGAGGCGCUAGAGUGUGAUAAGUGCAAUAACCGUACCAUCUAUCGUUCCUCACCCCACCUUGGAUGA